AUGCGUUGGACAUCGCUCCUGGCCUUUGGGGCCUUGGCCGUCAGUGUCACAGCACAAGACGGCGGGCCAGUGCUUGCGAGACAGAAUGAUUCAUAUUCUGAACCGACUGGCGCAUACUCGGUUGCCCCUUUGCCGGAAGCCUCGUCUUCGGCUUCAAUUGAGCCUUCACCCUCACCGUCUCCCUCGCCUGAACCUCAGUCCUCAUCAGAACCAGCGGCGUCGCCCUCGGCCACGGCUACCAAGGAGCCCGCCACAGAACCAGAUUCCUCCGUCGCGGCCGCCGUUCCCACAACCACCAGCACCGAGAAGAAGACGCCAGACUACGGCACCGAUACCGACGACUGCGCGCAUUGGGCGUCGAAGUGCCCCUGGGGAAAGACCGUCACCGUCACAGAGAAGCAAGUCGAGACUGUCACCAUCGAAAAGCCUGUUGUUUCCACUCUAACGGUCGUCUCCAAAGAGACCGUAUACACCACGCAAGCGUACACGACAACGGAUUACGAGACAACCACAAUUGUGAAGGUCACCACGUACCCCGUGACUACCACCUUAGCUCUCUGCGAUCCCGUAGUCGAGCCUGGCACAACCUCCUCCGCCGCCGUGCCCACCUACGGGGGCGGCUAUGGCAAAAAGCGGACUCCCCAGCAAAUCUGUCGGACGACAACAACGACUGUUUGGAAAACUUCCACUACCAAGGUCACCGAGAUCGUCCCAGUACCGACCACAAUUGUCCAGACCCAAAAGCAGACGAUCCAGCUUCCCCCCUCCAUCGAGACGCAACAGGUCACUCAGACGCAAGAGGUCACUCAGACGCAAGAGGUCACCCAGACGCGAGAGGUCACUGCUACCAGAAUUCAUACUUCUGUCUCGACCUUUAUCUCUACUGUCGUCUCUACCGCCAUCGUUCCGACGACUGUCGUCUCCAGUAAGACGCUUUACGUCACCACUACGUAUUCGACGGUGGAAACGUACACGAAGGAGUACUAUUUCACGAGCACGGUCAUAGAGACGCAGAAACAACCAACAACGAUAUUCGAGACGAGGGAGCGAACCGCAGUGGUGACCCAGGAGCCAGAGACUCGAACGGCCAUCCGAACUUCGGUCAUCUACAAGCCCACAACGGUCGUUUCGACCUUCGUUUUCACCACCAGUAUCCCAUACACCAUCAGCUUAGAUCAUACAACCACGACAACGGCCUAUUCAGUCUCUACAUAUAGUAGCUUCGUCACUUACAUAACCUAUGUCAGCUCGCCUCCAGAAGUGUCCUACAUUACUAGGACCGCGCCUCCAGAAACCCGAACGGCCAUCCAAACUUCGAUCAUCUACAAGCCCACAACGGUCGUUUCGACCUUCGUUUUCACCACCAGUAUCCCAUACACUAUCAGCUUGGAUCAUACAACCACGACAACGGCCUAUUCAGUCUCUACGUACAGUAGCUUCAUCACUUAUACGACCUAUGUUAGCUCGCCUCCAGAAGUGUCCUACAUUACUAGGACUGCGCCUCCAGAGACCGUCACUCUCCCCCCCGUCACUCUUCCCCCCGAAACUUUACCCCCCGUAACCUUGCCGGCCGAGACUUCUGUCACUACUGUAUUCGUUCAAACCACCCUUUAUGAGACCCUCGUCCUGACGACAAGCUAUCCAGUGACCAUCACGAACGAUAGGACCUUUUACUCCACAAUCGUUGAGUCAUCUGUACGAACUAUCGUCUCUGAGGUCCCCGUCACCUCCUACGUCACUCUUCCUCCCCAGACUUUACCCCCCAUAACCUUGCCGACCGAGACUACUGUCACGACCGUACUUGUUCAAACUACCCUCUAUGAGACCCUCGUCUUAUCAACCAGCUAUCCAGUAACCGUUACAAACGAUAGGACGUUUUUCACCACAAUCGUCGAAUCGUCCGUGCGGACUAUCAUCUCCGAAGUCCCAGUCGUGUCCUACGUCACUCGAAUGGCGACCCCCCCUCCCUCAGUCAUUACCCUCCCGGGCUCGACGAUCUACUCAACAAUCGCGGGCGAAAUAGUUACUCUCGACGUUCCCGGACCCACGUUGACUUUGGUCACCACUCAAGUAGACGUCCUGACGCUACCUGCCGCUACGAGGACUCUCCCUGCUUCCACAAUUGUAACCACAAUUGUCGAGACUGCCCCGGCAUCGACCUUGAUCGUCAGCCAAGGCGGCUCGGUAGUGACCAGCAUAAUUCCAGAGUCAACAUCUUUCGUCGUCUCGACCUUGACAUUGCCGCCCGUCACCGUUACCUUGCCUCCUGAGUCGGUCACAGAGAUAACAGCUUGCCCUGCCCCAUCAAACACUCCUGGAGUGAACCCCGUGGUUGAGUACGAUCCAAAGUCAAAUCUGACAUGGGGCUGCCAACCUGGAACUGUCUGUAACCCUCCUAAGCCCGCCGGCUGCAACCUGUGGGCCGACCCACCAGCAGAUGAUUACGUCUGCAACCCGCAGGAUUGUAUUCCGGCACCACAAUUAACUCUGGCGAAGUGGAAGGAGAAUGAGACAAGCUACUACCCAGUGAACGAGGGCUAUUUCAACCUCAAUCCCAAUGCCUUUGGUCUCCCCUUUGACAUCUUUGAGUACGAAGUCAUCGUUUCCAAGGUGAGGGGUAAAAAGGGAUACAAGAAAACGACCAUUACGACUGGCAACUGGGCUUCAGCAACGGAUCUCACUCACUUUCCCCCAACUGCUCAACCCACAAUCGCAGCUUCGCCCGCCCCGAUCUUCUCCGCCGAGAUUGAUAAGCAGGCCUAUAAGCAUAAAAAGGAGAGCAAGACCUACGAGCGUCGUGCUCUCUUCAACAAACGAGACAUGACGAUCGCUCCAACCGUUUGCUUCGACAAUUGUGAAAACGUUUAUCUCGAGGUAGCGAAUGUCGGCAAGAUCUCUCAGAUUUGCGAACCAGGCUCGGCCUUCCAGAGCAAUCUGGAUGCUUGCAGGCAAUGCGUGAUAGAUAACGCCGAUGAUGGGAAGGAGACACUGCGCGUCUAUAUCGAGCCGCAAUUCCAGCAGUACCUGGUCUUCUGCGAUGGCGAGGCGCCGCAGACUCCUUCUUCCGCGUCUGUGCUGCCACCUCAGACUCAAGCAAGCGGCACAGGUGCAGUCACAACAGCCAGCCAAGGCGCCGGAUCUAGUGGCACUUCGGCUGUUCCAAUUCCAGAGCCAAUCACAACUGACACUGCCGAGGUGUCUACGGCCGAGACCUCUUCUCCAACUCUCACGCCGUCCCCGAGCACGAGCGUGGCGGCAUCUGGAGCCAGCUCGACCGAUUCAACCGCCGCUACAACUCCUACGGCGAGUGGAAGCGUCUCCUCCAGCGCUCCAAGUGCUUCGAGUGCUCCAGCAAUCGAAUCAUCACCCUCCACGGCAGCCUCAGCACCAUCCGGGACAGCGACAAGCGGUGCCGAUUCGAGUCCAUCCGCUUCAAGCCCUUCAGAGUCCGGUUCUGCGGGCCCAAUCACCACCACCGGAUCGGUACCCACAGCAACUGACGGAGCUUCAGGCCCAACGUCUGAAGUCUUGUCACCAUCCUCGACCACGUCCUCUCCAGGCACCGGUACGACGGGUCCCGUGGCUGUCCCCACAGCCGCAGCAGCGAAGCUUGCCACCUCGACCAUCCUCGCCAUCCUCGCACCGCUUAUGGUUCUUUUACUUGUCUAA